CACCGCGGUGGAGCGGACCCAUUGACGUCACUAGUCCGCCAUAUUUGUCCUCCUCUGGCCGUCGACGUCGGAGACAUGAGGGGAAUUCGAUCCUUAAACAAUCUCUCUAAGCGUUGCUAUGCAGCUGCCAGGCCAAGUGAAGCGCUGACUGAGUCCUACACGGGAUACCAGUCGUCCGGAGUGUCGCUGCCCGCUCCUCAAAAUGUCCAGGUGUCCAAGCUCCCAAACGGGUUGGUGAUAGCGUCCUUGGAGAACUACUCACCACUGUCCAGCGUGGGUGUGUUUGUGAAAGCGGGGAGUCGCUAUGAGUCUGUGGAGAACCAGGGUGUCGCUCAUGUGCUGCGGCUGGCUGCCAGCCUGACCACUAAAGGCGUUUCUGCCUUCAAGCUCUGCCGUGGCGUUGAAGCACUCGGAGCCAAUCUGAGUGCUGCGCUGUCCCGAGAAACCAUGGUCUACACCGCACGCUGCUUUAGAGAUGACCUAGAUAACAUUUUGGAGUAUUUGGUCAACGUGACCACGGCACAGGAGUUCAGGCCCUGGGAGGUGUGUGACCUGACAUCCAGGGUGAUUGCCGACAAGGAUCGGGCCAAGCGAGCUCCUCAGCUAGGUGUGAUUGAGAAGUUGCAUGAAGCGGCUUAUAAAAACACCCUGUCCAACUCGCUGUACUGCCCAGAGCACAUGGUCGGAAAAGUCUCUCCUCAGCAACUGCACUCAUUUGUGGAGGACCAUUUCACCACCGGCCGAAUGGCUGUCGUAGGGCUCGGAGUAAAGCACUCUGACCUGACAGAGCUGAGCAAGAGGUUCCUCAGUGUCCGCAGUGGGGCCGGAGCGCCACUCGUUCAAGCGACUUACCGUGGCGGUGAGCUUCGUGUUCAGAACCAGGACAGCCAGGUUCAUGCGCUGGUUGUCAGCGAAGGCGGCGUGGCGGGCGGCACGGAGGCCACCGCCUUUGCCGUGCUGCAAAAGAUCCUGGGAGUUGAACCACACGUUAAGCGGGGCACUGGCAUCACCAGUAAACUGAGCCAGGGCGUCACCAAGGCUUCAGCCUUCAACGCCUCAUAUUCCGACUCGGGUCUGUUCGGCGUCUACACCAUCUCGCAAGCGAACGUCGCCAGAGACGCCAUCAGAGUGGCCAUCGCUCAAGUGGGCAGCGUGGCCGAGGGCACCGUAACAGAGGAUGACAUCACAAGAGCAAAGAUUCAGGCCAAAGUGGAUUAUCUGCUGUCAACUGAGAGCUCGGACGGCCUGAUGGCCGAGAUUGGCGCUCAGGCCCUGGAGACCGCAGCGUACCGGCCGCCCGAGGCGGUUCUCCAAGCCAUCGAUGCCAUCACCCGGGAACAUGUGGUCAAGGCUGCAAGAAAAUUUAUGGACGGCAAGAAGACAAUGGCAGCUUGUGGACAUCUUAUCAAUACCCCUUUUCUGGACGAGUUAUGAAAAACGUCUGCUCUAUUAAAUAAGAAACACUUAAAGCCCACA